CUAGCCUAACAUUUACAGCAGCAGUUGUGGUUGUUCCUCAAAAAUUAUGUGGUGAGCUAUUAAAUCUCAGUAAUUCCACUGAAUGACUAUGCUUGUAUGCUAAUGCAAGACAUCUCUAAAUUAAUAGUCAUCUCAAAUAACUUAAUCCAGUAAUGUCCUCAUGGGGUAUAAACAGCUUUGAAUGUUCUUGGGAUUUUUCUUUUCUUUUUUUUUUUUUUUUUUUUAGACCUUCCUGUUUGCUAUUGGUCUAGUAAGUGUUUAAACUGUGCAGUCACAUGGAAAGAGACACUCAUCAUCAAGUUAAGGAUCGUACCACUGAAAGAUAACAGCUAGAUCCGAUGCUUUUUUGGAUUGUACAGACACUAUUUUUUUUAAGGGAAUGUAGACGUGGGUCAGUACUGGAAGAACUAUUUGUUUUGAGAAGCUGAGCAAAGAUAACUAUAAUGUGCUGAUUGUUUAAUGGAAUAACUGCUCUGUACUGGAAAUCCUUUGAGCACAAAUGGGUGCAUUUUAUACUUCCUGUUGUCUGACGGAUCAAAAAGAAGAGCAGAAUGCUAUAUUAUGGAACUUGUUGUUGCCUUGUCAGUUCCCAGUCCUGGAGUAAGGUCAGUGUGUCAAGUAAGAGUGAAGUGUGCAUGUCAGAAGUGGGGCAGGAGUGGAAGCUGUGGAAACUUCCUCAAACCUCCAGUUACAUCACUGAAGGGGAGUCGGACCAGGAGCUGCAGACUUUCAUCAUGAUGAGGAACCAAGUGGAUAAAUACACUGAGGAGUGGGAGAAGCUGAACUAUGAUAUACACACAUUGAGGUACGCCCAUCGGGAAGUGUGUAUGCGCUGGAAGAAGAUUCUGCUUCUGCUGGGUUACCAGAGGGAGGUGGAUUCACUGUUAGCAGUGAAUAAGCAGAGUGUAAUGAGUGAUGGAGAGAAUCUGGAGACAGCCGAAGAGCUGCUGCACACAGUGUGUGAGGAGUCCAGCCUCUUCCCCAGCGGCAUAGAGCCCAGCGACAGAUUCCUCUUCGUCAUGGAUCGCUUGGUCUCUUUGGACAGUGCUGAGGACUUUGUUAGAUUGGCCAAGGAGAAAUAUCCCAGAACCAAGCUAUGAGAGUGACACUGAGACUCAAUAUGUUUUUGAGUGAAAGUGCAUGUGUGUACUUGUAUGUGAGGCGAGGUAAGGCAGGAUUUCUUUCUGACUGAAGGUGAAAUGCAGAAAUGUUCACUGGGACUUAACAGGUCUUGGGCAAAGCUAGAAUACACAGAUUUGAUGCUAAAUAGCAGGGGUUUUUCUGCAACUGUCUGAAGCCUGCACAUAUUGCAUCAUUGGACUUCUGAUUGGAAGGUUAUGAGUUCAAAUCACAGCACCACCAAGCUGCCACUGCUGGGCCAUUGGACAAGGCCCUUAACCCUCAACUGCUGAGUUAUAUUAAAAAGAACGAGAUAUACAUGUAUGUUGUUUUGGAUAAGGUUGCCUGCCAAAUGGCAUACGUGUAAAAAAACAAAAAAAACAAAACAAACAAAAAAAAACAUUUAUAUUUAAUGUAAUAAUAAUAUAUUAGUUGUAUUGAAUAUGUUUGAAUAAUUUGUAUAGGUUUAUUCUCUUGCAUUUGUAAUGCUGGACAUUUAUUGCCAAAAUGGUCUAUGGUUAAAAGUUUAUCAGCUGAUGUGCAGUGUAGAGAAAAUCAAAUACUGAAAAGGGUUUGACUAAAAUUCCUCUCAUUUUACACAAUCAUACUAGCGUUCCAGCAAAAUUUUAACACACUUUUUUGCAAUGUUAUUAGGAGAACUUUGCCAUUUACACAGCUGUACGUAGUACACAUGUACUCAUGCACUAUACCGUUGGAAAGCUAAGAAUCUUGUGAUUCGAGUGAUAUAAACUGUUUAAAGAUACAAUCACAACUACAAAUACAAAAUGGAGGUAACUCAUACUUUAAGCCUCAUAGCAGUCCACUGAUCCAUAACAUCCCAACAAAAACAGUCUUGUUACACUGGCAAAGGUCCAAACAAUCCAAUUAUUUUAAAAUAUUUAGUCACAUUUUAAAUCAGUAAUGAACUGCUGCUGAAUCAUUCCAAAUUAUCUCAGAAGACCAUGUGUUUCUCAUUAUCUAUUCAAUGCGCGAGUGAAAAUCCUUUAUCGGCAGAUUCCAAAAUGG